GAGAGGAGCGGACGGACGCUGCUCCGCCGUCGUGAGGAAACACCGCACAGAUGAGGGGACCGUUGUGGAUAACUAUCACAUAUUCCUCCGUGUGAACACCGCCGCGUAUCAAGCGACACACUUCCCCGUCCUCUCGCCGGGAUCGCGCCGCCGCUGUGGGACUUUCAUUCGGAGGGCUUGCCUGUUUUUCCUCCGGAAGGCUGAAUGGAAGCAGCAGCCGAGGGAGCGGUCGGGCUGUCGGAGGCCAGGGACGGGAGCCCGCUAUCCGGGGCCGCAGCAUCCGAUGAUGGGGACACGGUGGUUGGAGUUAGCUACGGGAUGGACGCCGCAGACAUGGAUGCUGCUGCAAGAAAAGCCUUCAUCACAGAGAUGCCCUCAUCCUCAGGCCAGCCUGGUCAGGGAAAGAAGAUUGGCCACAGAGGGGUGGAUGCAUCAGGAGAAACUACUUACAAGAAGACCACAUCCUCAGCCUUGAAAGGUGCCAUCCAGCUGGGCAUCGGUUACACAGUGGGCAACCUGAGCUCCAAGCCCGAGAGAGAUGUGUUGAUGCAGGACUUCUACGUGGUGGAGAGCAUCUUUUUCCCCAGUGAAGGCAGCAACCUCACUCCAGCCCACCAUUUCCCGGACUUCCGCUUUAAAACAUACGCCCCCGUGGCCUUCCGCUACUUCAGAGAACUGUUUGGCAUCAGGCCGGAUGACUACCUGUACUCCCUAUGUAAUGAGCCACUGAUCGAGCUGUCCAAUCCGGGAGCGAGUGGCUCGGUCUUCUAUCUUACGAAGGACGACGAGUUCAUCAUCAAGACUGUGAUGCAUAAAGAGGCUGAAUUCUUACAGAAACUGCUGCCUGGAUACUACAUGAACUUGAACCAGAACCCCCGCACUUUGCUGCCCAAGUUUUUCGGCCUUUACUGCGUCCAGUCGGGUGGGAAGAACAUCCGGGUGGUGGUGAUGAACAACGUCCUUCCCCGCGUGGUUCGCAUGCACCUCAAAUAUGACCUGAAGGGCUCCACCUACAAGAGGCGAGCGUCCAAGAAGGAGCGAGAGAAGGCCAGGCCCACUUUCAAAGACCUGGACUUCAUGCAAGACCUGCAGGACGGACUGAUGCUGGACCAGGAUACUUACAACGCGCUGGUCAAGACCCUACAGAGAGACUGCCUGGUGCUGGAAAGCUUUAAGAUCAUGGACUACAGUCUGCUGCUCGGGGUUCACAACAUGGACCAGGCGGAGAGGGAGAGGCAGAUGGAGGGCUCCCAGGGCGGCAGCGAUGAGAAGAGGCCAGUGGCCCAGCAGAAGGCCCUGUACUCCACCGCCAUGGAGUCCAUCCAGGGAGGAGCUGCCUGCGGAGGGUCCAUCGACACCGACGACACGAUGGGUGGUAUCCCGGCUGUGAACGGAAAAGGGGAGAGACUUCUUCUCUACAUCGGAAUCAUCGACAUCCUGCAGUCCUACAGGCUAAUCAAGAAACUGGAGCACACGUGGAAGGCUCUGGUUCAUGACGGGGACACGGUGUCAGUCCACCGGCCUGGCUUCUACGCCGACAGGUUCUUCAAGUUCAUGAGCAGCACGGUGUUCAAGAAGAGCUCCUCUCUGAAGUCAUCUCCAUCCAAGAAGGGUCGUGUGUCAUUGACGGUGCCUAAGUGUGCUGGUCCCGGUGCAGCCUGGUCCGCCAGCCAGCUGCCCUCUGAGAGAGACGAGAACAUCUACGACCUGAGAGGAGCUCGCAGCUUCCCGACGCUGGAGGACGAGGGGCGACCAGAUCUUCUUCCAUGUACUCCUCCGUCGUUUGAAGAGGCCACUACAGCAUCAAUCGCCACCACUCUCUCCUCCACCACCUCUCUGUCCAUCCCCGAGAGAUCCCCCUCUGACACAGCUGAGCACCCCCGCUACAGGAGGCACACCCAGUCUCUCAGCCAUGAUGGGAGGACUCAGGAGGAGCUGCGUGUGCGUGAGGAGGAUCAACAGACCAUCACAGUGGAGGUGGAGCUGAAGAGACCCGACAGCGAGCCAACCAUCUCCGUUCCACAGCCGUCAACUGAAACCAGUGAGGUCCAGGAAGGAGCAGGCGCCGAGGCUGCAGAGGCUGCAGCAGCACCCUCCAGCUCUACGUCGGCACCUGAAGCAGCUGCCUCGUCCUCCUCGUCUGCCCCAGCUGCUCCCUCUUCUCCCGGGGCAGCCGAAGAAGCCCCAUCCAGUCCCAAGGUGAUGGUGGUGGAGGCGGACAGGGUCAGCCAGGUGUCCGGCUCAGGGUGCACCAGCCAGGCUUCAGUCGAUGAUGAAGAUGACGUGCCAAUCACAGAUAUCUACUUUCCUCAAGAGGACAGGACCUGGGUGUACUCUCCGCUACACUAUGGCUCAGAGUCUAAGGCCCUGCCAGAUGGGGAUUGGGAAAGAGAGACAUAAGCCCCGUUCUCUGGCAGAGAGGAGUGAACGUCUCAGUGGAGAGGACUCGUCGGUCUGAAGUCCAGACCUCAGAGGUAGCAGCAGGAUCUUUGUCUGAACCAGGAUUUUAAAACAUGCAUACAGAAACUGAACACAAUGAAGGGGAAAGUGACUUGUGUACCAGAGAGGGGGGAAAAAAUCCUGACAGUGAUGAACAUCACUGAUUUCCAACCAUCCCUGCCUUCCACCCUUGACAAAAUGAAAAUAAUAUCAAUUUAAUAAUAAUGUGUAUGUGUGACGUACAGUAGUGCGUAUACGGCUGUAGUCUUAUAUGUUUGACAUACAUGGAAGACCGUAGUAACUCGCUGUGCCUAUCAAAAAGUAUUCAUCCCACUUGGAAGUUUUCAUGGACACAUUUAAGUUAACUCCUUUAGUGUUUCUGGUGUCGCUGUUCAAGGACAACAGUUACUUUGUCCAUGUCCACUACUUAAGAUAGUAACUAAACUUUACAUUGAUACUCUUUGUUAACUCGGAAUAAUUACUGCGGAAAACAAAAACCGUGUCCUCUUCCUGUUUUGGUUGAACAGUGGUUGACGCACUUCCCUUGUGCCGUAAUUGAGCCUUAAUUUUCCCGGAAGAUUGCACGAGGUGUCAGACAGAAACCAAUCUAAGCAUCGACAGUGUCAUAAUUCUAUAGUUAUUACAUUGUGCAAUCAACAUUUACUCCAUAAUGAUAAGUUAAACCAAAAAAAAGUCUAUUUUCAAUUUAAAUCCCCUUUGAUUCAAUGACAUAAGACAAUAAAACAUGAUAACUUCCAAGUGAGGCGGAUACUUACCUAUAGGCAUUGUACAGUCAGCUCUAGUUCACACAGGCACAACCCUCUAACAGGCUCAGUCUGCAGAGCAGCACACUGAAAUUUGUGUUAACUGUAUUUACCUGGAUAAGCCCGUUAACCCUUCUUGGUACUGACUCCCCUCCUCAACUGGCUUCGUCAACGGAAACAUCUGGCGCAUUUUCGGUCAAGAUUGGCUUCAACUUUUAUGAUCCAAUGCUGCUUUUUCUGCCCAGGUCUCUUCGUUGCCUGAGAGCAGCACUUGUGGCCUCAUGUAGAUUUCAGUGUGCUGAGUGAGCCGUCGAGCCUGUGGUGUUAGAGGCAUAGACUGUAUAAAAUAAGUGGAUGUAGCCAACGUGACUUCACCUCUUGGUUUGUGGACCACCGUUUUGAAGCUUUGAGUUUGCCCUUCCAGACAUUGACAUCAAGUGUCCAUUUGGACCAAGCCCUCAGGAACAACACCGGGCUUUGUAGCCAAUUUUUGUAGAGGUCCAUCAUGAAAUUAUAGCUGCCAGGUCUGUCAGGUGAUGCCAUUGGGCCCAAAAAGACUUUUUUCCAUAGACUUACAAUGUGAAAGAGACAUCUGUAAAUCAGUGGUUACAUUUUUUUGAGCGUCACCAACCCCUGAGAAAUGACUCGUUUCACUAUCAGGAUUUGAUCCAUUCAGUCCGAUGACAUUUCAGAAGUCUAGAAGUACAGUAAAAUAAUUUUUAUCCCCAUUCACGUUAGCCGAGGGCUAAACUGUAGGUUAGCUGCUUGGCUGCUUUAAGUCUCUAGUGCGCCUGCUCUUUGGGCCCCACAAUGCAGAAGAUCUCCUUAAUUUCAUGCCAUGGAAAUCAAGCUUUUUUGGCUUCAUGUGCCACUGAGCAACUUUCAUGGGAAUGAACAGGGCGUUGCCUCCGGUUCUGAACUGUGGAGGACACACAUUGCUAAACGUCUUGUCAUUAUUGACAGGUCGCUGUGGUAGUGAUUUGUCAAUCACAAGAUAGCCAUGCUCUAAAGCAAAUCCUGCUUCAUCAUCUGUUUCACACUAAAUGGGACCAUAAUUUUCAAAAUCAACAUUAUGCUGCAUUUAAGAAGACUUGAAACUAACAACUUAGACCACAAACUCAUUUUUAAAAGGUUUACUGAUGUAAUAAAUCAAAUGAGAAUGUAAGUGUGAAAAUCUAAUUUUCAUACUUACUUUCUCACCACUGGUUUCCAACCUAGGGACCCCGACCCUAACCAGGGGUCGCCAAAGCUUCCCGGUGGGAAACAAGGCCUUCUUGAUAUUAAAGGGGGUAAGAAAAUUUUUUAGAAAUAUAUAUAGAGUAAGCCUAUAUCUCAGGAUUCAUUCAUAUCUGUGAGGGAAACUAAAGUUGUUAUUUUGAAGUUUAUAUUAUUAUUCAAGAUACAAACUUACAAGAAAUCUAACAGGCUAUGGUCACGGUGAAGACCUGAACACAAGCUAUACUUAUAGCGCUAUAGCUCUCUGCUAAACAGCCUCGUCCUGCAUUAGAAAACUGUGCAGUUAAAAGAAGCAAAAUGCUAACAGAAUAAUGAAAAAAAAAGAUGUAUAAUUAAUAAAAACUCAAAAAAAAUAUUAUUAAUAGUAUUAAAAGUUCAUUUAAGAGAGACAGGAAAACUAAUAUCUGAUGCAGCAUUCAUAAUCUGUUUAAAACUCAUUAAAAUCCCUCAUUUUAUGAAAAUUGUGCUCACUAUUUUUGUCAAUUGUACCGUGCAUCAGUUGUUCUGAACUGUUAUUGUCAUACACUAAAUAUUAUAUCAAAAAAUAUCAUUUGGUUUGGGUCGUAGGGUAACUCGAUAAAAAAGGGGUCCCUUAAGGGAAAAAGGUUGGGAACCGCUGUUUUAUACAAUCGAACACUUUUUUGCAACAAGUUGAGUCGCCCCCUGCUGGCCAUUAGAAAGUAUGCAGCUUUAAGUCACUUCCUUAUUGGCUUCGCUUUUCAUGCCUGGAUGAUGCUCCUACUUCUUCUAUACAGUCUGUGGUAGGACUGCUCUUGUUGUGCUCAUAGAACUGGAGUUGAUAACCAUCGUUUGGCCAAAACAACAUCUGCUGUCGUCACAUUUCCAGCAGUCGUGAAUAUAUGCAGUUUAGUUUUAAGAGGAAAGAUUAAAAUGCAUCAUUUCCUUUAGUGAAUAUAUACAGAUUUAAUUCAGAAUCUUGAAUUGCAGAAUAAUUAAUAUAAAUAUUAUUUAUAUCAAACUUUUUUGCAGCAUUUUUU